AUGGACGACGAAAAGGUGGCUCGCGUGAGCGAGGAUGAGGCGCGUCGCGCCAGCGUCCCUGCCAAGGACGUCGCCUUUGCCAAGCAGGCCGCCGACGACGAGCACAAUCUUGGGUUCCGCGAGGCCGUCCGCCGCUAUCCCAAGGCCGUAGCCUGGUCUGUCCUGGUGUCGACGGCCAUCAUCAUGGAGGGCUACGACAUUGUCCUCAUUUCGUCAUUCUUCGCCCAACCCUCCUUUCGCCAGCGCUACGGCGAGUACGACCCCGGGACCAACUCGUACCAGAUCUCGGCCUCGUGGCAGAACGGACUGUCCAACGCAGUCUCGGUCGGAACGAUUGUCGGCGCCUUUGCCAACGGUUACUUCACCCACAAGUUUGGGUACCGCAAGGUCCUGCUUGCCUCCCUGGUCGCGAUCUGUGCCUUCAUAUUCAUCUCCUUCUUCUCGCCCAGCCUGCCUGUCCUCCUCGUCGGCCAGUUCCUCUGCGGCAUUCCGUGGGGCGUCUUUGCAACCAUGGCGCCGAGUUACGCCUCUGAGGUCUGCCCGAUGGCGCUGCGCGGCUACCUGACGGUGUACGUCAACCUCUGCUGGGCGCUGGGCCAGCUCGUCUCCGCGGGCGUGCAGUCUGGUUUUGCCGACACCCAGGGCGAGUGGUCGUACCGGGUGCCGUUUGCCAUCCAGUGGGCCUGGCCCGUUCCGCUUUUCGUCGUCCUGUUCUUCGCGCCAGAGUCCCCCUGGCACUAUGUGCGUACUGGCGACUACGAGAGUGCAAAGAGAUCGAUCGCCCGCCUCAGCUCGUCACCCAAGCCGGGCCACGCGGAACAGCAGCUCGCCAUGAUGAUCCACACCAACGAGAUCGAGCAGAUGAUAGACGAAGGCACGUCAUAUACCGACUGUCUCCGAGGUGUCGACCGCAGGCGGACCGAGAUCGCCUGCAUGGCGUUCGCCGCCCAGCCGUUCUGUGGGUCCGCCAUGGGAGGCUCGCCUACUUUCUUCUUUGUCUCUGCUGGCCUGCCGGAAACCAUCAGCUUCCGCAUGUCAGUUGGUGGGCUGGGGAUCGCCUCGGUCGGCACCAUCGUCUCAUGGUGGCUCCUGCGCCCCUUUGGACGACGGCAGCUCUACCUCUGGGGUCUCGGUCUUCUCUCCGUCGUUUUGUUUACUGUGGGCUUUAUCUCUGUCGGUGCGGGCGACUCCACUAGUGGCAACUUCGCGCAGGCCGGCAUGAUGCUGGCGUGGCUCGCAAUCUACUACACGACCGUUGGCCCAGUGUGCUACAUCAUCAUCUCGGAAGCGUCGUCGACACGACUGCGCAACAAGAGCAUCUGUCUCAGCCGCAUCGCCUACUACGUCGCCCAGAUCAUCUGCAACGUCAUCAACCCGUACAUGCUCAACCCCACUGCGGGGAACUGGAAGGGCAAGACCGCGUUCUUCUGGGGCGGCUGCACGGUGCUGUUCUUCGUCUGGACCUUCUUCCGGCUGCCCGAGACCAAGGACAAGACGUUUGAGGAGCUGGAUAUCCUCUUUGCUCGGAACGUCAAGGCGAGGGACUUUGCCAAGUGCCAGGUCGAUGCUUAUGCUGAGGAUGAUGCGCAGGCCAUUACCAAGAAUUGA